AUGCAAAAAUAAAGCAGAUAAAAUACUUAGACAGCAUUUUAUUCUCCUUAACCUGGAAUAAGUUCGCCCCAACCUUUGAGAUAGAUUAUAUCUCCAGGGAUUUAUGGUCCUCGUAAUUCGUAAAAUUUUCUUAUUGAUUCAUAUACUACGAAGCAUCAAGAUUAGGAUUCUGAUAGGCUGUUAGGCUCAUCUCUUAGAUUUAAUAUGCUGAAAGAUAGUCAUUAGCAAAUUGAGAAGGAAAUAUCGGUGCUUAAAUCGAAUCUACUUUAGAGUAGGAUGAGUGGUGAUAACUUUUAAUUUUCAACACAGCCUUUGGACAAGUUGUUAAAACGCAUGGAUGACAAGGGCACUCGCAAAACUGAAUAAAUAAGGUAUGACCCACCUUUGACGUAUAGGGCGGAUGAUUUGCUGACUGAAAUUCUUUAAGAGCUAUCAAUCAUAUCAAUUAAUGCCAAGAAAUUAAUAAAUUAGCGAUCUUCACAAAAACUGUAAAUGCAGGUACUCAAAGAUAUCAGAGAGAUUAUAAUGGGAUGGAACAAUAUGCACAACAUAAUCAAUCAAAUUUGCUAAGCAGCACAAAUUUCUAUUCAUCAACUCAACAAUACAAACAUCAAUCAAUUGUUCAAGAAGGAUGAUCUCAAUAAACUGUACUCAUUGGUUGAGAAACACCAGAACAGUUAUCCUCAAUCUUUUGAAUAGCUAUAUUAGAUAAUUGCCAGCAGUCUCUAGAGCAGAGAGUAGGAUCAUAAUAAAAUUAUUGAAAUCAAUACUCAAUUACGUUAGUAAGAGAUUUAGAAUAAAGAUUUGAAUAUAAAAAAUAAGAACUUAUUUGCAGUAAUCGCUAAAUUAGAGGCUAAAGUAAAUAAACUGUAAAAUAAAAAACAAUAAUUAGAAUUUUCAAAUAAGUAAUUUUCUAAUUAAUUGUAAAAUUCUCAAAGGCCUCAAGAUAUUUAUUCAGAUAAUGAUAGGUUUCAAGCAAAAGAAUCCUAUGGUGGAGUCACAAUCAAGUCUUGA